AAUCAAUUUUCGUGAGCGCCGAGCGGCAUUGAGAAUUCGAGACGUUUAUUGCAACAACAAACAGUUUAUUCGUUGAUUUCUAGUUAAACCGUCUCAAAUUAAAUUUCCAAAGAUGGCUUCAUUAGCCGCCGCCCAAGUGCAAGAAGUGCGAUCAAUAACCCGUAUAGAACGAAUUGGAGCUCAUUCUCAUAUACGCGGUUUGGGUCUUGACGAUGCAUUGGAACCCAGGGCAGUCUCCCAGGGUAUGGUGGGGCAGAAGAUGGCGAGGAAAGCCGCUGGAAUAGUGUUACAGAUGAUAAGAGAAGGUAAAAUAGCGGGCAGAGCGGUGUUACUGGCUGGCCAACCUGGCACGGGCAAGACAGCUAUCGCAAUGGGCCUAGCGCAGGCGUUAGGCCCAGACACACCUUUCACUAGCAUGGCUGGUUCCGAAAUAUAUUCCUUAGAGAUGAGUAAGACGGAAGCCCUAACUCAAGCAAUAAGGAAAUCUAUUGGCAUUAGAAUAAAAGAGGAGUCUGAGAUAAUCGAGGGGGAGGUCGUGGAAGUGGUGGUGGAGAGGGCCGCUGGGGGAGGGGGGGCCAGGACGGGCCGGCUCACGCUCAAGACAACGGACAUGGAGACAAACUACGAUAUGGGAACUAAGAUGAUAGACUCGUUGCUUAAAGAGAAGGUGCAAGCCGGUGACGUUAUCACAAUAGACAAAGCUACGGGCAAAAUAAACAAAUUGGGACGCAGUUUUGCACGCGCGAGAGAUUAUGACGCCACUGGCCAGCAGGCGCGCUUCGUUCAGUGCCCCGAGGGAGAGUUGCAGAAACGCAAGGAGGUAGUACACACGGUGACGCUCCACGAGGUGGACGUCAUCAACUCGCGCACGCACGGCUUCCUGGCGCUGUUCUCGGGCGACACGGGCGAGAUCAAAGCCGAGGUGCGCGAGCAGAUCAGCGGCAAGUUGCAGGAGUGGCGCGAGGAGGGCAAGGCAGAGAUGAUACCCGGAGUGCUGUUCAUCGACGAGGCGCACAUGUUAGACAUCGAGUGCUUCUCGUUCCUGAACCGCGCGCUGGAGUCGGAGACGGCGCCCGUCGUGAUGAUGGCUACCAACCGCGGCAUCACGCGCAUCCGCGGCACCGACUACCGCAGCCCGCACGGCAUCCCGUUGGACCUGUUGGACCGGAUGAUCAUCGUGCCCACCGCGCCGUACACGCACCAAGAGCUGCGGGAGAUACUCAAUAUCAGAUGCGAGGAGGAGGAUUGCCAGAUGUCAGCUGACGCUCUCACGGUGCUGACCCGGGUGGCCACGGAAACGUCUUUACGGUACGCGAUACAACUGAUCACCACCGCGUCGCUUGUGUCCAAACGGAGAAAGGCGGCAGAGGUGAGUAUGGAAGAUGUUAAGAAAGUUUACUCUUUAUUCCUCGACGAGCAUCGAUCGGAGCAGUUCCUCAAGGAAUACCAGGACGAGUUCAUGUUCAACGAUGGAUCCGGAGAUGGAUCCCAGUCAAUGGAGACACAGUGAGAGAGAAGCUUUCAGUUAAAAAAAAAAAAAGACAAUUAUUCCAAAUAACGCUUUAUUUCGUGGUUCAAGUGACUUUAAAUUCCGUACUUUUAAGUUUGCAGGAAGUAACUUUAUUUUAAGCUUUAGAAUAAGGCAUUUUGAUUUUUUGUAACAGAAUAUAAUUAAGAUUUAAUUAAGUG